UUCAUCUCCUUGCAAAAUAUUCGACUCGCGCAUCUCCCGUCAUACUUGCCGUUGUGACGUGAUUGUUUUAUCCACCUUGUGUUGAUUGUUGGGGAGCAUCCCCGGCUGUGCAUAGCACGCGACGAAAUAAGCUCCAUUCUCCGCAAUUUGGGCCAAUUCGAAGAAAAAGAAGGAUAAGCCAAUUCUUUUCUUGAAACAAACAACAUAGCUGGAGCGCGAAGGACGUAAAACUGGUCUAGCUAAGACAAGAUUGCUGUUCCUUCACACUUUCAGACCUGCUUUUUGUGUAUUUAGCAACCUUCGAUGCCUGUAGACAGGAAACUUCGUUGGUUGCCAGAAUCAACAGUUCCAGCAAUUUCGAUCUUUCAGCACACGUAGCUCAUUGUUUAGUUCAUUUGUUUAAUAUUUGCCAUGGCCGAAGAACCUCGACGUUCCGGCAGAGCCACAAAAGGCCAACAUAAGAACCUUGAUAUGCCCGAGCCUCCUCCGAAACGAAAAGGGAAAUCCCAGACGAAGGCCCCGAAACAAACCUCUGCAGAACCAACACCGCCUGAAAAUGAAGAAGACGAGAUAAUCCGUUGCAUCUGUGGCGAAUAUGAGGAAGAAGAGGAUGUGGAGCGUGACAUGAUCUGUUGCGACAAAUGUUCCGCGUGGCAGCACAAUGAUUGCAUGGGACUUGACUUUGCAAAGGGUGAAGAGCCGGCAGAGUACUACUGUGAGCAAUGCAAGCCCGAGAAUCAUAAAGUCCUCCUAGAGAGAAUGGCACGUGGUGAAAAGCCUUGGGAGGAAGCUGCCCAGAAACGAGCCCAGGCUGCCGAAGAAAGAAAAGCAAGACGCAGGAAAGGUGGCAAACGUGGAAGAAAAAGCAGAGUCAGCGAUGUGAAACCCGAAACAAGUGAUACAACUCCGCGUGCAUCAGCAGCCCCCACCCAGGAACCUAUUCAAGCCGUUAAUGAAAUUCAGAAUGGCCCUCCAACAAAUACUGGGAUCCAAGAGCAAACCACUAGCUCUCAGAAGAGAAAAUAUUCCGAUCAUGCAGAUACUGGACAACACGAACCGGAACCGAAACCUAAGCUCCAGAGACUCUCAGUCAGUGGUCUACCAACUGUCCAUCCUCAGGAGAUCAAGAAGUCUCCGGCGCAGAGUCGGAAGGCGAGUAUGGCAGGAAGUCCCACCACUCACGGCGCAAAGACAAGCAAGUCUCCUACAGAGACAACCGCCGGUGGUGCAACCACCUUGACCCAAGCUAGGAAAAAUGUUGCAAAUGCCUUAAUCAAGCUCUUCGUUGAGCAAGCUGGAGUAGCACAGGAGCAAGGAAAGUUUUCGAUUCCAGAAGGAAGGACCAAAGAGAGUGUAGGAGAGUACCUGGGGUUCGCAAUUGAACAAGCAAUGUAUCAAAACCUCUGUGGAGGGUCAGGGGAACCCAAUGAUCCCUAUAGACAGCAGAUGCGGACCAUACUGUUCAAUGUAAGGAAGAAUCCUUCAUUACGUGAUAGUCUGCUUGUAGGUCGUAUUACUCCUGAUGCCUUCUCCAAAAUGAGCACGCAAGACAUGGCCAGUGAGGAGCUACGACAGAGAGACGACGAAAUCAAGCGCGAGGCGGAACGACAGCAUAUCAUCAUCCAAGAGACGGGUCCACGCAUCAGACGGACCCACAAGGGCGAAGAAUUUGUGGAAUCUGAUCCCCAGUUUGUCGGAACUGAGUCUGUCUUCUCGACUGCCCCUGCUCGACGUGAUACCCUUGGGGAAGCAAUGAGUCCUCGUGCAGCAAGCCCAGCCACGGGACGAACUGGAUCUAUGGACGCUGUCCAACAGAACCAGAAACCGCAACCUAUUGACACACAGGUGAUUCCCACUGGGAGACCUGGACGGUCUGCGUCGGAUGACUUCAAUAUCCAAAAUGUCUGGUCAAGCGUUCAGUCCCCGGGAGCUGUUCCUCAUCAUGACCCGCCGCAAUUUGGGCCAACAGUGUUCCCACAGGAGCAUCCGCCUCCAUCCACGCAUAAGGUUCAGGCUGAUGCUGAAAUCGAUCAAUUGCUGAAAGACGAAGAGCCGGAGUCGCCACCAUAUUCACCCAAAGACUUCCCUGGGCCCGACAUCAUCUGGCGUGGAAAAGUUUUGAUGGAUGGGGUUGCCAGUUUUUCCGCUGGAGCACGAUUUGUUGGCGGUGCUGACCUUAGCGUAAGGAUCCCAUGGUCGCAAUUAGUUCCUCCUUCGUUGACAAUUGACGGCCGCAUCGAUAUCCAACUUGCAACAAAUUAUGUGUGUGGACUUCGAUACAGUCACACGGUAGAUAUCACAGUUGUGGCAAUUCCACCCCCAGAUGCUCCUGAUGAUGUCGUGAGCUUCAACAACUUAUUCGAUUACUUCGUUCGACGAAAACGGUAUGGUGUUAUGGGAAAACAUCCUCUUCCCGCUGUGAAGGACACAUAUCUCGUUCCUGUUGAGGCAGGCUCAGGCAGAAAGCCAGAAUUUAUGGAGAUCCUUGAGAACAAUGCUAUUGAAAACCCAACGCCCGAACGGCUAUUGCUUGUGGUAUUCGUCCUCAAGACAAGUAACAAUCACUCAAAUGCCGUCACGCCGCAACAUCCUCCAGCUAGCGUGGCUAGUCCACUAACAGCCACCCCAACUGCACGAUAUUCUCAACAUUCACUUUCCUACCAGGACACGGAUCGACCUUCUGGAUCACCUUCACAGUCUCAGGGACAUUAUAGUCCGCCGCCACCAUAUUCUCAACCUCAAUCUCCGCUAGUACUCAAUGGAAAAGCAGCUGCAGUCUACGUUCUAGGGGAGCAGCUUGCCUCAUCACCUACCAUUGAGGAGGUCUUAAGACAUGCUCCAAAUGCAGAUGUCGCUCAAUUCAACGUCAUUGCAGAGAUCUUAUCUCGGCAUCCGUCUGCUGCGAACAGCUACGAACAACUAAUGAACGCACUUAUGGAAAGGACAAAUGGUGGAACAUAA